AUGGACGUCGACAGCGACAGAGACGAGGUCGGGUGCAAUGGCACUGACAUUGCAGCCGCAAAGGGCUAUACGGAGGCUAUUAAAGCCAUCUACCGGUGGUGGGCAGCAACAGCAGGACAUGACAAGGCCGUGAAAGCCUUACUGUCCGAUUGGUACGAACGGGAGUUAGAUGGCAUGCCCACCGAUCAAGAGGAGUUCCACGUGGAGCAGGUUUACGACUUUGAUGUUCUGGAGGCGUUAGAAUUGGCGACAAAGCACAACCACCGCAAGACCAUUCGAGUCAUCUGUGAAAAGAACACUAUUCCGGGGGAAAUGCUCAUAUGGGCAGCCGAGCACGACAAUGUUCAAGUUUUUUACGACGUGUACGAUUUCCACGACGAGAUAGAUAUGGAUCAUCUGUCCCGAGCCCUGCUGAUUGCGGUGUCUCGAGGGUGCGUGCAUAUCGUCAAGUUCGUGUUCGAGAGCUGCGGUGAGGAGCUACUCGACCACAUUGACGAGAACAAAAAGUUUUCGUGCCCGCUCAUUUUUGCGAUCAAGCAGGGCCAGCGCGAUAUGGUGGACUACCUGUACGCCCACGAUAGGUGUCUUGAUAUAUCCUGCCUACGGGCCGUUGGAGCUGGUCAAGAUGUUCGACGAGAAGGUAUAUCUCGACCAAUCCGGUUUGAAAAGGCGCUUGCAUCUGCGGCUAGCAAAAACCAACUCGAGAUCAUGGCGUUUCUCCAGGCGAAGCGUGAAUUCGAUGGUAAGGCCACCGACAAGGCGUUUGUGGAAGCGGCGAGCAACGGUCAACUGGACGCUGCCAAGUACCUGGACAAUAUCGAAGGCCAUCAAGUUUCUGCUCCUUCGCUGGAUGAAGGGUUCGAAGGCGCAGCUGGCGGCUGUCACUUGGAAAUGCUGAAGUUCUUGGAUGGCAAGGGAGGUUUCUCUCGUAAAGUCGUCACCAUAGCAUUUGAAAACGCCGUGAAGGACAUCGCAAAAUUGGGCGACACUGGCAAAGACCAAGUUCGCGUUUUAAAGUUCUUGCAUGGCAAAGGGAAAGUGUAUCCUGAGGUGAUCGACGAGCUGUUCCCGUAUGCAGGAGGCCACUGCAGUGCCGCAGUUGUAGAAUUCUUAUAG